AAUUUUAAAUAAUUUAAAACAUUUUAUCUGGGCCUGAUCCAAAACUCUACAAGCUUAUUCGGACAGAUCCGCUUUCUUUGUUUCUAAACAUGGCAACUCAGAUGAGUAAGAAGAGAAAGUUUGUUGCGGACGGAGUGUUCUUCGCCGAACUGAAUGAGGUCCUGACACGUGAGUUGGCGGAGGAUGGUUAUUCCGGUGUCGAGGUUAGGGUUACGCCUAUGCGCACAGAGAUCAUCAUCAGAGCCACCAGAACCCAAGCCGUUCUCGGUGAGAAGGGAAGGAGAAUUAGGGAACUGACCUCAGUGGUCCAGAAGAGGUUCAAGUUUCCUGAGAACAGUGUUGAGCUGUAUGCGGAAAAGGUGAACAACAGAGGUCUAUGUGCCAUUGCUCAGGCCGAAUCUCUUCGCUACAAGCUCCUCGGUGGUCUUGCUGUUCGCAGGGCUUGCUAUGGUGUUUUAAGAUUUGUGAUGGAAAGCGGUGCCAAGGGAUGCGAGGUCAUUGUUAGUGGAAAACUGAGAGCUCAGAGAGCCAAAUCCAUGAAAUUCAAGGAUGGGUAUAUGAUUUCUUCUGGACAACCAGUCAAGGAUUACAUCGACUCUGCAGUGAGACAUGUGCUCCUUAGACAGGGUGUUCUUGGUAUAAAGGUUAAGAUCAUGCUUGAUUGGGAUCCUAAAGGGAAACAGGGUCCUAAGACUCCCCUCCCAGAUAUUGUCACAAUCCACACUCCCAAAGAGGAAGAAUACAGUCAGCCUGCUACUGCUACUGCUCCUGUUUUGGCCAACGACAUUGAGGUUCCUGUUGCUUAAAAAUGUUGAUUGUUAAUAGGUAGUUGAAUUUCUAUGCAGUAUUUGAUGGAUAACUAGUUCCAAAAUUUUGGUAUUUAAGCAACAGCAGCAUUUGGUUUUUUUA